AUGGCAGACCGGUACAGCACGUGGAUCCUGGCGGCCUACGUGGCCAUCUUCAUCACCGGCCUCCCGGCUAACCUCGUGGCUCUGCGGGCCUUUUUGAGGAGACUCCAACAGCCACACCCAGCCCCGGUGCACAUCUUGCUGCUCAGCCUCACGCUGGCCGACCUGCUGCUGCUGCUACUGCUGCCUUUCAAGAUGGCAGAGGCGGCGUGGGGCUUUGCGUGGCCGCUGCCCAGGGCGCUGUGCGCGCCCACGGCCUUCGCCCAGUACAGCAGCAUCUACUGCAGCACCGGGCUGCUGGCGGCCAUCAGCGUGGAGCGCUAUUUGGGGGUGGCCUUCCCGGUGAGGUACAAGCUGGCCCGGAGGCCGCUGCACGGCGUGCUGGCCGCCUUGCUGGCCUGCACGCUGGCCUGCGGCCAUUGCACCAUCGUCAUCGUCAUUGAGUACGUCAACGCCACGCAGCUGGCCACAGCUGGCCGCAGCUGCUACGGCGACUUCACGGCGGCCCAGCUGGCCGUGCUGCUGCCUGUGCGCCUGGAGCUGGGCCUCGUCCUCUUCCUGCUGCCGCUGGCCAUCACCGCCUUCUGCUACUGGCGCCUGGUGCGGCUGGUGUGGGGCCAGGCCCACGCGGGACCGCGGCGGCGCAGGGCCGCCGGGCUGGCCGUGGUCAGCCUGCUCAGCUUCCUGCUCUGCUUCGGGCCCUACAAUGUGUCCCACGCCGUGGGCUUCUACCUGCACACGAGCCCCCCGUGGCGCGUGGAUGCCCUGAUCUUCACGGCCCUCAAUGCCAGCCUCGACCCGCUGCUGUUCUACUUCUCUUCUUCCACGGUGCGCAGAACUUUCUGGAAAGGGGUGAAGGAGUGCCAUCGCCAGGGUGCCUCUCUGUGGGGCUGUAGAGCCAAGGAGAUGGGGGAGGCCGCCAGUGAGAGCCCAGGCCCGGGCCACGCUGAGGCCACUUUGGGCUCAGAGUCUUCCCCAGGCUAG